AUGGCACCAACAGAUAAAAAAACGAAGAUUGAGAAGUUCGGGAAAGAGGGCGACUUGACGAAAACGAAAAGUGGCGCACAGGGUGUCAAAAAGAAAAAGAAAUGGAUCCCCGAACACAAAGUAUUCAAAGGCAGCGUAAAAGAAGGUCAAGGCUUUGCUUUCAAGAGGAAGCAGAAAGUCAAACAUGAGUACAACAAACUGCUGCGGAAGGAGAAAAAGAAGAAGAACCCGGGGUCAACAAACUUGUACAAAGAGGAGUAUCCUGAACAUCUGAGGCAUUUGUACGUGGCUGAGGCAGAGAGACUGAAGAAGGAAGCCUGGUCGAAUAGAGUGAACAGGAGUAAGCUGAGGAUGAAAGGGCAGGUGAAAGAGAUGGGGGAAGGUGUCGGUGAGGAGGAGGAUGAUGAUGAUGAUGAUGAUGAGGCACUGCAGACCAAAGCUGCCGGUGAAGAAAGAGUUAGUGUGGGAUCUGAGCUGAAAGAUGCGGUGUCCGGGAACCAACCUGAACCAAUGGCAGCUUCACAGAAAGGAAGUAUUCCAAUAAGCAAUCGCAUGAGAAAAAAAAUGGAGAGGAAAACCUCUUACCAGAAGACCAAAGAGGAAUUUGAGAGAAUCCGAGAGAAGCGGAGAAAGAAGAAAGAGGAGUACUUGAAGAACAAGCAGCAGAGAGAAGAGGCCAUCCAGAAGUACAAACAGAAAAAGAUGGAGACGUUUCGGAUGCUGAGCAAAAAGACCAAGAAAGGACAGCCAAAUCUGAACCUCCAAAUGGAGUAUUUACUUCAGAAGAUACAAGGAACUGGGAAAUGACUCCUCCUCAGAACUGAAUGCUAAUGGAGGACUGUACUUAAAACCUCGUGGACUGCAUCAGGAUUGUGAUUUUCUGUGCAAAAUCAAAAUGGAAACUUGUGGUUGUUUUGACAUUAAAGUGUUUUUACAUCUGUAAUGGGAUUUUUGCGGUGUUUUUGCUCCUGACCACUGCAAGUCAUUGUACUGUCAUACCACAAGAUGGCAUCAUAAGAUAUAAAGUGACA